UUUUCUUUGGGUCAGCAGGCCCUGUCCCGAAAAAGGGUCCCCACCCCCCAACGCUUUGUACAGCACCGCUGCUGCUCUGCCCCAGUGGGAAGAGAGUUGCUUUGUGGUUGGAUUUUCCCCAGGCCUUGCCUAGUUCACCCAUCUCUGCAUUUACGUUAAAAAGAAGACACUAGCAUGGUCGAAAACUCUCCAGCCCCAUUGCCUGAAAGAGCAAUAUAUGGGUUUGUUCUUUUCUUAGGCUCCCAGUUUGGCUUUAUGUUAUACCUUGUAUGGGCAUAUGUUCCUGAAUCUUGGUUAUUCUCAUUGGGACUAACGUACUGGCCUCAAAAGUACUGGGCAGUUGCUUUGCCUAUAUAUCUUUUAGUUACUUUAGGAAUUGGCUAUUUACUACUCUUUGGAAUUAACAUGAUGAGUACUGCACCACUCAACUCUGUGCACACCAUUACAGAUAACUUUGCAAAAAAUCAGCAGCAGAAGAAAACUCAAGAAGAAGCAAUCCCUGCUUUGAGGGAUAUUCCUAUCAGUGAAGUAAACCAGAUGUUUUUCCUUGCUGAUAAAGGCAUUUGCAACAGAAAUUAAUUGGAACCUCGGCCAUAUUUAAAUAAGAUACUACAGUAACUUUUAGAAAUGUAAGAAAACUCUGAAGUCUUGUCAGUGCUAGGACACUUACCAAUUCAUCUGCUCCAGUUGCUGAAAGAGUUAUCUAAACUAGGUGUGGUUGGUAUUGGUUCCCUAUUCCUGGCUCCGCUACUAGCCUGCUGGGUAACUGUGAACAAGUCAUUUUGCCACUCUGUACUUGAGUUUCUCUAUAUGUAGUGUGUAUAUGAUAAAAUCAUAUACGGGUGUGGAAAAAGUGAAUAAGGAAAAGUUAUUUAUUUAUUCCCACAAUAUAAGGACUAGGGGUCACCAAAUGAAAUUAAUAGGUAGCAGAUUUAAAACAUACAAACGGAAGUUUUUCUUCACUCAGCGCACAGUCAGCAUGUGGAACUCCUUGCCAGAGGAUGCGGUGAAGGCUAGAACUUUAACAAGGUUCAAAAGAGAGCUAGAUAGAUUCACGGAGGUUAAGUCCAUCAAUGGCUAUUAGCCCGGAUGGGUAGGAAUGGUGUCCCUAGCCUCUCUUUAUCUGGAAAUGGAUGGCAGGGGAGGGAUCACUUGAGAAUUACGUGUUGUGUUUCCUCCCUGUGGGGCAUCUGGUAUUGGCAACUGUAGAAAGACAGGAUAUUGGGCUAGAUGGAUCAUUGAUCUGACCCAGUAUGGCUGUUCUUAUGUUCUACUGACCUCCUUCAUAGAGGGCUUUGAGAUCUACUCAUAAAAAAGGAUAUUUAAGAGCUAUGUAUUGUAUAUUAUUAAACAAAUAACUGAUUGUUGAAAUGGUUUUAUUUCUUAACUAGCAGACUUACCUGGCUGGCAUUGCCUGAGUCCUUUAGGGCAAAGCUUUGGGGAUGGGGGUGGUGCUGAGAGAGUAAAGAUUGGGUGAUGAGGAGGGGCUCAGGGUGUGGUGUCUCCUGCCCCCAGGAGCCUGUCCUCUCCCCACCCCCACCAGUCUGCCAGUUUGCUCCUCUCACAGGCUCCUUCCAGGCCCACUUGGGGUCUCUCCACCCCCGGAGGCCUGGGGAAAAGCACUUGGGGAUAGGCACAAGAUGGCUGUGUACCCACCCUGCUGUCCACUCCCAUAGCCACUGGGGGCAGCUGUGUGAUUACUCUCAUAUUGCAUCCCUUCGAACAACAACCCCUCCCUUUGCAUGCUACGGAAUACAGUCAUUUUCCUUGGACUUCCAGUUCUCCUGUCACAACCAGAUCCUGACAUUGCUUUAAGUUAGGAGAAGGGGAAGCUGCCUACCAAAUUUAGUGGCUCUAGCUCUUACCAUUUAGGAGGAGUUCUUGAACAAAUGGACUCACAGACAGACCAGCACAAAGUCUAAACUAUAUAUAGAAAUAUAGAGAAAGCUAAAUGACAACUAGAGCUGGGAACUGAAUUCUUCCAUAUACAUUUGUUUAGUUAUAUAGUUGAUAGGAAGUAAUCUGUUUUGUUGUCAUAAGGUUAUUUUUCCUUUUGCAUUGAAGCAAGAUAUUCCAAAGCAUUCAAUGUUUGGCUUAAUUCUGCUCUCUUUGACUUCAAUGGAAGGUGAUAGGCCAAUGCUGAGUUCUCCUAUUUUGACCAGUCAUAGUAAAUUCAAGUAUAUGCACUACAGUCACAUUAAUAAAAUGUUUAAUGGUCUAAAA